AUGCCCCAGCUGCUUAACGGAAUGCAGCCUGGACCUGAAGCGCUAUCCAUAGGGGAUGAGACAGGCGCAUCAACGGCGUUCAGACCAUCUGCAAACAUUACGACGCUUCCCUUCGAGGUACUCGAUGAGAUAUCAUCACAGCUGAUGAACAAGGAUCCCUUCGAAGCGGAAGACAAAGCCGAGGUGAAGGAUAUACGUGCAAUGAGCGAGACAUGUAAGCUCUUCAAGCUUGUGUUCCAACCCCUGGUUUUCAGAAAGAUAACCGUGCGGGACCAAGAGCAAGUGGAAAACUUGUACUGGACGCUCAAUGGCUCACAUUGCUACGUCUUCGCUCCGCCUCCAACCGAUGUGGAUGAGAGGGCACGCAAACUGCUCUCGAUCCCGAACGUCCAACUUACGGCCGAUAUCGUCCCCUACUCUACCGAUAGGGCAUACCUCCGCAAUGCUGUCAAGCGGCUGAUGGUGCGGCCGGAUGGCAAUGGGCCUAUCGGGGUCGGCCCGCUCGACAUCCGAUUCUUGCUGCAAAUGAUGCCACGCCUGAAGUGGCUAGCGAUCCUUGAUUUUGUAGAUAAGCAUACCUUGUUCAAGUGCGUGCGCAUGUUGAGAAGGCUUCCUGAAAUCGAGUUCUUUGCCUGCAAUGGCGGUGAAGAUCUGCAUCGGUUCGCCGGCGCCCUAACAUUCCCGCGGGCGGUGGCGAAUAUGACGCGCCUGUCGGAACUCGUACUCGCCAACCUGAAGGUAGGUGAGAAUCCCUGGAUCAUGCCUGAGGAUCUGGGCUUCGGGAAGUGUCCCACGGAUUCAGAACGAGAGGCUAUCGGGCCCGUCUCGAGGUACAUCUGGUUUGAACCACAGCUCAUCCUGAAGGACUCUCCGAGCUCGUCAUGGUUGCCGAGGGGAUUGAAAACACUGUACUUGACGAAUGUGUCAUUUGAACCGGCACCAUUCACUCUUCAAGUAGACGAAGACACUCGUCGGUUAUUGCGGGAGAACUGGAAGAAGAACGCGGAGCGCGAAGGGCGAGUUACAAUGGAACAAUGGUCAGAUGAUAUGCAGAAGUGGCCGCUCGAUUUCGCAAGUUACCUUCCCCAUAUACAUGCUCAAAUAACCCAGCUAAUACGCAUGCGCCUUAGCAUCCUUUUGCAAGACUUGUCCUGA